AUGGUAUCGCGCCUGUACGCUAAGAAUUCAAUGUCUGUGGACGAGCUUCUGAAUCCAUCGAAUGAGAACACAACUGCAGAAGAGCCCACAGGAAAAGACUUCUGUGGAGUUGGUGACCAAAAAUUGGCUGCAGAUGGCUCUGAGACUGGGUCAGAAAACCCGGGCGAGGACGAUAUGGAGGGUUGUAUUGAGGAGGACCUUGAGCUAGAAGCAAUUAAAGAGUAUCUCAUAUGGAUUAAUCAGCUUGUCGUUCGUACAGGUGUGACUGGAGUAUCGGAUAGAUCUAUAAGUAGAUUAUGA